UAAUAAUAAUAAUUACAAUGUUCCUGCCCAAAGGUAGGUGAAGGCUUUUGACUAGGGGGUCUAACUCGAGCAAGAUUCUAUCCUGGAUCAGAAGUAAGGUAAAUUCUGAAUUAAUGGCUUUCAGAUGGAAAUUUUGCUUUUAGCCCCCCUAUUUUUGUCAUUCUUACCCUUUGCGGAUGUGACUAAAGAAUCUACAAAGACGGAAGGAAGGCAGGGUUUAUUAACUUAAGAACUGUAAAGAGAAGUCAAGAAUAUGUUUAACCCUCUUGUUUGCUUGCUUGGUCCGAGUAAGACGGCAUCUUUCUAAAAUAGUGGCCUGUUACAGCAAACCCCCAAAUUCUGAGCCACCUUGAGAACCCAUUGUAUUGCCAGAUUUUGAGAGUCAAAACUGGACGUUGACCGUUUCUGUCCCGUACGUUUUAGCAGCUUUUACGGUUUCCCAAAUCUGGUUUGUUACUUCUUUAAACCAGGAAGUAGGCAUGCUAACAUAUAUUUCUUAAUAUUUCCACUUUGAACUCAUCUCUGAUUUUCCCUUAUAACUGCAAAACAGGGCAAAUCUGCAGGACCAGAAAACUGUGACUAUUCACCGAGCUAUUUUUGAGUGGUUCUUGUUCUUUUAAAACUGGCCAAAGGUUUUUCGGUAGCUAAAAAAGGAGGCAGAUAAUGGUUAAAGAUGCCAAAACCUACCCAUCUGGCCUUUCAUCUGGCUGAUGUUUGAAAAGCAAAAUCAAAUAAUGCUUUUUCCCCCUCCUUUUUUGCCUUCACCAAGGGGAAGUUAUGAAUGACUCUCCAUCAGGAAGUGAAAACUUGACACUGUCACCGAGAAGCUAGAACCUAGAGAUGAAACAGACAAAUUUAUUCUUCGCAUAGACUUGUCUUCAUCUUGCUUAAAAGAUUAAAACAAGAAAAAAAAAACCCAAAGAAAUAUAUCAAAGGAAAUAUAAGGCCAGUUGACGUUUGAUUGUAACGAACAGAUCAGGGAAACGAAGCCAGCUUGGAAUUGUCUUUCAAAAAUCAAGGAAAACGAUUGUUGGAUUACGCAGCGAGUUUAACCAUUCGGUUGCACAGAAAAAUCUACCCCAAGAGUUCUCUGCAAAGAAAAUUCUGCUGGGUCGAUUUACGCAGCAGCACCCCGGCCUACACACCCCUCUAUACACUGUUGGAGUCUUCUACCAGAAUGCGUCUUCUAUCCUAUGGAUAUCGGUUUUGAGUUGACAGAUGAAGAAGACUGUUGGUGCCUUCUUGCAAUUGCGCUGGUUCUCUGGGCCAUGGGCUGUAUCCACAGCGUUAGCUGCAAAGCAAAAGGAUUUCGGGAGAGCAUCACAGUCUUAGAAAUCAAGGCUUCCAUCGACCCGGUCCCCACGAACAUCGACGAGUCAUCCAGCGUGGUGUUGAGAUACCGCACCCCACAUUUCCGCGCUUCCGCUCAAGUGCUGUUGCCUCCUUUGCCCAGAAAAGAGACCUGGAUCGUGGGGUGGAUCCAGGCUUGCAACCACAUGGAGUUUUACAACUACUACGGCGACCGUGGCAUGUCAAGCUGGGAGCUUCCAGAUCUCCUUGAAGGCAAGAUCCAAGCCAUCAGUGACUCGGACGGUGUCAAUUACCCCUGGUACGGGAACACCACCGAGACGUGCACCAUCGUGGGGCCCACCAAGAAGGAAGCUAAGUUCAGCAUCAGCAUGAAUGACAACUUCUACCCCAGCGUCACCUGGGCUGUCCCAGUGAGUGAUAGCAACGUGCCCCACCUGACCGGCAUCCACCGGGAUCAGAGCUUCACCACGUGGCUUGUGGCCACCAACACUACGACCAACGAGAUGGUGAUCCUGCAUACGAUCAAGUGGCGGAUGAAACUGGGCAUCGACGUGACCCCCGGCAAUCCUCUAGGGCACCGUGCCAAGCUGAGGGAACCCUCUGCUCAGGAGCAGCCCCAGGUCCUGAGCAAGAAUGAGCCAAUACCACCGAGUGCCCUUGUGAAACCUAAUGCCAACGAUGCCCAGGUACUUAUGUGGAGGCCCAAAGAUGGUCACCCUCUAGUGGUGAUACCCCCCAAAUAUCGGUAAUCAGACCCCUGUGGCACAGGGAGAAACGGGAGGGGGCAGAGGGAAGAAGAGGAGAAAAACCACUUCGUAUUUAAGGGGAAAAAAAAUUCAGCAAAAACAGAGGUGCACUUUUAAACUCAUUGAUCAAAAAAAAGAAAAACGAAAAAAAAUGCAGCCAUUCUGCCUUCUCCCAUCAGAACGGAUCUCACUGUGCUAGCGAAGCUCGAACUGAGGACUCCCUUCAAGAUUUCUAAAGUGGGGGGGGGUUGUGGGAGGGUGGUCAGAUUCCCAGCACCCGCUCUACUUCCAGCUUUUUAAAAAUGCAUUUUUCCGCCCUUGGUUGUCGUUUGAUGUUCAGUCUGGUGGACUAAGCUCCAAUCGCUUAUAGGGAGAAAGAAAAAGAGAGAGGCUUUGGUGGGGUGGGGGAAAGAGGG